UCCACAUCAAAAGCCCUUGUUACGAGAGAGCGCGCGAAGGAAACACACGCACGCGAACGCGCAGCUCAUCUAGCCCUAACCCAUCCAGCCUCCAUCGCCUGCCUCCCAUGGCGGCUCUACUUACGAAGAGCAUCGCCGUUUUGGCGUUGGUGCUCUGCGCCACCACCGUCGCCGAAUCAUUCAACAUUCCCGUGAUGUUCCACGACAUGUGGUUCCGUCGCAGCAUUGCGAGGUCCUCUUUCCAGGAGAAGGCCGCGGCGCCUGCCACCGCUCCGUCGAAGCCGCCGGUGGCUGCGCCCACGUCACCGUCAGCAGUCCCGCCAGUUCUGCCGACGCCUGCCCUGCCCGUGCCGCCCACCACGGCUCCGUCGUCCAACGCGCCCACGCCGACGCCCACCCUCCCGUCGAACGCGCCCACUCUGGCGCCUAUGAUGGCCGUGCCCCCCGUGCAUGCACCCUCCGGCGGUCCUGCACCAGCGCCCGUGCCGGCUUCGUCUCCCAUGGCCGCUGCUCGGGUUGUGCGCGUGCCGCCGACCGCAGCGCCGGCUCUUGCUCCUUGGAUGCCUGCGUCCGCACCGAGAUCCAGCGCGCCGUCGCCGAUGCCCACGCUUCCCACUACGCCAGCUCCCGUUGCGCAACCCCCUGCAUCGGCACAACCCAAACCUGGUCCAGUGCUUCCGUUGCCACCGACCCCAGCGCCGGCCGCCACCCUACCCGACGCCAGGGACGGAUUAAGGGGGGGACGAGGGGGGGCGAGACCCCCCCCAACGAUCGCACAGUCCCUUGAAAUGGGAGAGAUUAGCGCUACUUUUUUUACCUGUGUGCUUCCCUGCAGCCUGCUUCGCCCCCCCCUAUUCCCCAUCGGCCUUUUUGUAUAGGCGUAUAGCCCAUGUAACCAGUGCAGCCCAUUGAACAUUUACAGGCUAAAAGCAAAAAAACUAAGCCGAGCAGGCCCUGCACACCACGACACACUAGAUUGACAGGCCCCAAAGAGGCAAAGACAACGCUAGCACGCUGCGCACGUCGUCAGUUCGUUCGACUCUUCGUCUCCAAAAAAUUAGCGAUUGGAUCUCUGGGGACUGCCUCCAGCGCUCAGGGACGCCAGGUCGCCGGCGCGCCGCCAACGCCCGUCGAGAAGCCAGGAUAGGAAGGCUGGAAGGGGACGCCGCAACGCUCGGACAGGCGCCGAUCCACGGACACGUUGCCGGCAGCCCGGAGGCCAGAGUCCUGGACAGAACGACGGCGGACGACGGGCAUGCUGGCCCGGGCAGGAUAAGCGGCAGCAGCACAAGGGGAAAAGGUAGUUCAUGCCUUUAACAAUUGUAGAAGUAUAAUCAUCCAAAUUGCAGCCCUUAAUCAUCAAUAUAAAAUUUUCAAUUGUUUGUGCUUGUGUAGACAUGAAGAGAAAGAGAGAAUCAAUUCAGAACUUUUUCAAACCCGUUGGUUCAAGCUCUCGGCCAUCAGAACAUGAUACUACUGUAGACAACGACAACGUUCAACCUAGCGAACAGAAUCACCCAAAUUGUACUGAUGGUGAUGCCCAAAUUGAUCAUGAUGUUUCCGUGCCAGAAGCUACGGAAGAAGAUACAAUUAUAACCACAAGUUAUGACCGAGAGCCCGGGCGACGUCUUCAAAUUUGGCAACUUCCUCCCGAUGAGCAUGAUGCUGCUAGGCGCUUUUAUAUAUCUAAAGGGGCUUAUCAACCAAUCUUAAAGCCAGAUGAGUAUGAAUUUACUGGGACAGGGGCUGGCCGUAGGCGAUUCCAAAGUGAUUGGUUCACGAAUCAUUGGUGGUUGGAGUAUUCACCUCUAAAAAAUUGUGCCUAUUGUUUGCCUUGUUUUCUCUUCUCAAAGAAGCCAAUUGGGAAGUGUGGUUCAGAUACAUUCACAGUGAGCGGAUUUGAUAAGUGGAAGAAAGUUAACAAUGGAAAAGAAUGUGCUUUCCUCAAGCAUAUGGGCACUACUCCCAGCUCGGCUCACAAUUUUGCAGUUCGGUGUUAUGAAAACUUGAGAAACAGACUUAAUCAUGUUGAUGAGGUGAUGAAAAAGCAAACUAAGAAGCGGGUUCUUGAUGCAAGACUAAGGCUAAAGACUUCCAUUGAUGCCAUGAGGUGGCUAAUGUUUCAAGCAUGUCCCUUCAGAGGAAAUGAUGAGUCUGAGGAUUCCAAGAACCAAGGUAAUUUCAAGGAAAUGAUUAAGCUUUUGGCGUCUUAUAACAAGGAUGUACAUGAAGUUGUACAGAAUGCUCCAAGAAAUGCAAAGUACACCUCAGCAACUAUUCAAAAGGAAAUUGCUAGCAUAUUUGCUGGAAAAGUGAAAACCUCAAUUAAAGAAGAACUUGGUAAUAGCAAAUUCUCUAUCUUGGUUGAUGAAUGUAGAGACGAGUCUAAAAAAGAGCAGAUGGCAGUAGUUCUUCGAUUUGCAAACAUAGAAGGGGUGAUAAGAGAACAUUUUCUUGAUCUUGUUCAUGUUAGAGACACUAGUGCUUUGACUCUCAAGAACACAAUUAUUGCCGUCCUAGUUGAUAAUGGGUUGAAUGUGCAAGAUAUUAGAGGCCAGGGAUAUGACGGGGCAAGCAACAUGAGGGGGGAGUGGAAUGGGCUGAAAGCUCUAAUUCUCAAAGAGUGCCCUUAUGCAUACUAUAUCCAUUGUCUUGCACAUCAACUCCAAUUGGCUCUUGUUGCUGCUUCAAGGGAGGUACAUGAGGUCCAUAAUUUUUUUCAGCAUGCAAAUUUCAUUGUAAAUACAGUUAGUGCAUCUCCCAAACGGAAUGAUGAACUGUUAGAAAAUCAGGCUGCUGAAAUUGCUAGUGAGAUUGAAUUGGGAGAGCUUGACACAGGAAGAGGGGCCAAUCAAAUAGGUUCUUUACAAAGGGCCGGAGACACGAGAUGGAGUUCCCACUACAAAUCUAUCAAAAGUUUGUUAAAGAUGUUUGCCGCAACUGUUACAGUGCUAAGAAGUGUAGCAGCUGAUCGUUGAAGCUACAAGGAACUCAAGAGGUGAUGCCGGAGGUGCCUUGAAAAUCCUACUGACAUUUGAUUUUGUGUUCAUUCUACACUUAAUGGAAAGAAUCAUGAAAAUCACAGAUGUCUUGUGUCUCAAACUUCAACAUAAAUCUUUGGACAUUGCAAAUGCAUUAGAUUGUGUUUCUAACACAAAGGUGUUGCUUGGUGAACUAAGAGAAGAUGGAUGGGACAACCUUUUUGAAGAUGUGAAAUCCUUUUGUGUGAAACAUGAGAUUGACAUCCCGGACAUGGAUCAAAAGUACGUAUCUUUUCCUAUCUCUUUAUGAUUAUAUAAAUUACAAUGUAGAGAUUUAGCCACUUACAUACUUCUCAUCAAUGAUCAUGCAACUAAUUCUUAUUUUUCAAUAUAUAUUAAUUUUAGGUAUGUUGAUGUGACGAAAUCUCGAAAUAAACAUGACAACACCACAGUUAUCCAUCAUUACAAAGUAGAUGUGUUUAAUGUUGCAAUAGAUCAACAAGUGAUAGAGUUGAAUGAUCGAUUUAGUUCUCAUGUUACUGAGCUUCUAGAUCUUUGUUCAUCAUUGGACCCGAGGCAUGAUGCCUUCAGCAAGUCAAAGAUAUGCAGACUAGUGGAGAAAUUCUAUCCUGCAGAUUUUUCUAGUCAAGAAAGAGAUCGGUUGGAGUGCGAGCUACCACAUUUCCAGCUUGAUACAUUCAACCAUCCAGAGAUCAAGAACUGCAAAUCACUUGCUGAUCUAACAAAAGGGAUAGUUAAGACUGGCAAGUCUUCUGACUAUCCAAUGGUUGAGAGGCUGUUACGAUUGGUGAUAACUCUUCCGGUUUCAACUGCAACAGCAGAGCGAGCCUUUUCUGCAAUGAAACUAGUCAAGACGCGGCUUCGAAGCAAAAUGGGAGAUGAUUUUCUUUGUCAUUGCACGCUAGUUUACAUUGAGAAGGAACUUGCAGCCAAGUUUAGCUCUGAAGAAAUAAUUGAUAUCUUCGAUACUGGUGCUCGUAAA